CAUUCAUCGGUCUUUAUGAAAAUAAUGAAGAAGAGGUUAUGAAAGCAGCAUUAAAGUUAAAAGCAUUAGAUAUGGAUAGCAAUAGAUUAUUUAUAAUUUUUAUAGUAUUUCCGAGUAAGGAAGGAAAUUGUUUAGCAAGAAAAUUUAUUAGAAAGCUUGGGAGAAUUACCUCUGUUAUUUACACUCCAAUUACAUUAAAAAAAUUAAUUAAUCAAGUUAUUCAUCUGGAAAAAAACAUUGCUGUUGAUAAAAACAAUACCAAUCUACCGACCAUUGAAAGUAAUGAUGCAGAUAUUCUAAAGCGAGUAGUAGACUAUGAUCUUUAUAAGAUUGGAAAUGUGAAUCAAGAUAUAUAUAUGGACAUAACUGGAAGGGAUUUCGGGACAAAGUGUAUUUUAUGUGUGGAUAAUGAUUCUAUAAGUUUAGAGAGUACAUUGCAACAAAUUUCAAAACUUGGUUAUUCAACAAUCUCUGCAUCAAAUGGACAAGAGGCAGUUAGAUUGGUUGAUUCUGAAGCUAAAUUAUUAAGAUUUUCGUACUCGAGUUCAUCCAAUUCAGAAAUAAAUCAAAUAAAAUCUUGCAAAAUAUCGCUAAUUUUAACUGAAUGUAAUUUGCCAAUAAUGUCAGGGUUUGAUAUUUCACGAGCAAUUAGAGCAAUGAGGCCACCAAUUUCAAAUAUUCCGAUUAUUGUUCUAACUGCUUUAUCA